AGUGAAUCUGCUCAGCUGUGGUGGCUGGACUGACCGUGGCCGGGAGCAGCUUGGGUCCUGGAGGGGCGGGCGUCGAGGGCCCAGCGCACUGGGAAAGCCUUGGCCGCGGGGCCGGCGCUUUCCGCCGUUUCCCGCCGCGCCCCUGGGGCUGGUGUCGUUCCCCAGGUGGAACAGAAGAUUUGAAACAGAUCUGUAUUCAUGAAGAGUGACUGCACACAAACUACAACAUGUCAAGAAAGAAAAAAAGAUCCAAUAGAAAUGUUGCAUUCUGGGCAGCUGGUAAAAGUCUGUGCCCCAAUGGUUCGAUAUUCAAAGUUGGCUUUUAGAACACUAGUAAGAAAAUACAGUUGUGAUCUGUGCUAUACACCAAUGAUAGUUGCUGCUGAUUUUGUCAGAUCCAUAAAAGCCAGAGACAGUGAAUUUACCACAAACCAAGGUGAUUGCCCAUUGAUUGUUCAGUUUGCUGCUAAUGAUGCAAGACUUUUAUCUGAUGCUGCUCGUAUAGUCUGUCCUUAUGCGAAUGGAAUAGACAUUAACUGUGGUUGCCCUCAGAGGUGGGCAAUGGCAGAAGGUUAUGGAGCUUGCUUAAUAAACAAGCCAGAACUUGUUCAAGAUAUGGUGAAACAAGUAAGAAAUCAAGUGGAAAAUCCCAGAUUUUCCGUAUCUAUUAAAAUAAGGAUCCAUGAUGACCUUACAAGAACUGUAGAUCUUUGUCGAAAGGCUGAAGCAACGGGAGUUUCCUGGAUUACAGUCCAUGGAAGAACUGUUGAAGAAAGACAUCAGCCAGUGCACUAUGAGGCCAUUAAAAUAAUUAAGGAAAACAUGUCUAUACCUGUAAUUGCUAAUGGAGACAUCAGAAGCUUAAAAGAAGCAGAAAAUGUGUGGCAUAUUACUGGGACAGAUGGUGUGAUGGUCGCAAGAGGACUUUUAGCAAACCCGGCCAUGUUUGCUGGAUAUGAGGAAACCCCACUGAAAUGCAUCUCGGACUGGGUUGACAUUGCUCUUGAACUUGGAACUCCUUAUGUGUGUUUUCAUCAACAUUUAAUGUACAUGAUGGAAAAGAUAACUUCAAGGCAGGAAAAACGAGUAUUUAACGCUUUGUCAAGCACAUCAGCAGUCUUAGAUUACCUUACAGACCAUUAUGGGAUUUGACUGGACUUCCUAAAUUAUUUUAAUAUAUACUUCAUUUUAUAUCUACAGUGAAACCACCCAAGGUGGUUUAAAGGUUUUACUUUAAAUCAGUGGCCCUCAAACAUUAGUAUAAAAACAGUACCCUGAGAGCAUUUUUAAAAGUCAGUCCUAGACCCCAUCCUCAGAGAUUCUGAUUCAGUACAUCUCAAGGAUGGACCCAAAAUUUACAGUUUUAGAGAAUACCCCAGGUGGUUCAAACAUCCUAGUCAUCCUAGGUCCAAACGUUGACAAACAUUGUUCUGAAUCCUAUUGUGGAUGUUAAAAAAGUAAGAAAUUUUUUCCUAAAGGAAUCGUGUUUUUAACAUUUUUAAAUAAAUGAAACUUUUUAAUACUAAAAGUAUGGCUCAUAGCAUCUGUAAGUUAACAUGAAGUAUGUUUUUAAUGAUAGUAAGUGCAGAGAAGUGACAGAACAAAUGCCAACAUCUGUAUAAAAUGAAAAGGAACAAGAAAUUCUGUAUAGAAUCGCAUUCAGGGCUUCAAUUAAAAAUUCAAAUUAGAAAAUCAAACUGGUACUUCCUAACUCAUGAAUUACGCACCUCAAGGUAUUUGUUUUAAAUUGUAUGUAAGUGAAUUUAAUUAGAUGUGAUGUUUAAAACUGAGAUUCCAUGAAACUCUUUAAAUGACAUGAAAUUUGUUAUAUUUCAAGCCUUCUAGAUCUUAGAAGAUUGAGAGCUUAGUAAAUAUAUCUGUACCUAAAAUGAUAAAAUUAAUUUAGCCCCCCCAUAAGUAUAAAAAAUUUGGUAGCUAAUUUGGAGAUGAUUAUAUAUUUGAAAUAAUAUUCCCUGGAGAAUAGUAACCAGGUUUUAUUUUUAAUUUAAAAAUCUAAUUUUCAUACCCUAUUUUUAGUGAUAUUAUUUUUAUGCCUCCCAGCAGUUGAUAUAAUUUUAACUUUAAAGUUCCAUGGUUUGGGAAUGUUACUAAUAGAAUUUUGUUAUUGGUGAGUGUGCUACUACAAGAAUUAAGUACCUCAGGUUAAAAUAAAACAGUUCCUGGGGCCAGCCCAGUGGUGCAGCAGUUAAGUGCGAGAGCUCCACUUUGGCCGCCCGGGGUUCACAGGUUCGGAUCCCAGGCACUCACCAGCGCACCACUUGUCAAGCCAUGCUGUGGCAGCAUCCCAUAUAAAGUAGAGGAAGCUGGGCAUGGAUGUUAGCCCAGGGCCAAUCUCCCUCAGCAAAAAGAGAAGGAUUGGCAUUGGAUGUUAGCUGAGGGCUGAUCUUCCUCACAAAAAAAUAAAUAAAUAAAACAGUUCUUAAUUAAGAUAUCGGUCUAUAUAGCCAACAUGAAAACUGUUAUAAGAAGCCAUUUAUCUAAAACUGCUUAAUUCAAGAGUUCGGAAAUAUUAAAUAAAUCAGUUUUUACAUAAGCACUGCGUUGCCAUAUUUUUUGCUUAGGCACAUUCUGUG